AUCAAUCAAUAAAAACAAAAACAAUGAGGGGGCCAUUUUAAAUACCUAUAUUUGAGGCGGUCUCCAUACAUUUUGGCCUAAAAUAUUAAAUCUUGCCCCCUAUAUAAUAUUAAGAGCUUAAAGAAGGAAAAAGCUGGCAAAGCUCCUCCCUUUUAAACUACUCUACCCAUCCCCCCUCUAACCUCUCCUACAGAGUAUACUCGUGCAAAAACAUUAGCAAAAGAGAGAGAGAGAGAGAGAGAGCCAUGAAGAGCAGAGUAGGAGCAUAGUUCUACAAAAACAAUAGAGAGAGAGAGAGUGAGAGAGGGAGUAGAGAGAGAGAGAGAGGAGGAACUGAGGAGGAGGAGGUAUGAAGGGAAGAGGAGGAAACGGAGCGGGUCCAACGGACCUGCUGGUGUGCUUCCCCUCGCGGGCCCACCUGGCGCUAAUGCCGAAGCCCAUUUGCAGCCCAUCUCGGCCCAGCAAGGCAGAGCCGGGCAAGCGCCACCUCCGCCACCCGGCCCGGCCCAGCAUCACCACCACCGCCAACUCCCGCGGCCACCCGAGCCCGAGCCCGCUCUUCGCCAAGCCCCGCGCCGCCGCCGCGGCGAGGCGCGCGCGCUCCCCCGACGCCGACGACGAGCCCACCUCGCCCAAGGUCACGUGCGCGGGCCAGAUCAAGGUGGGCCGGCCCAAGCCCACUCCCAAGCCCCGGCCCACCAGGACCUGGCUCUCCGUCGUGGAGGAGAUCGAGCGGCUCCGCGCCGAUCGGACGGCGCGGAGGAAGAAGCCCACGUGGCUGGAGGCGAUUGGGCUGAAGAAGGACGCGUGGCAGUUCCUCGGCGCCCUGCGCGGGGUCCACUUCAAUUUCGGCUGCUUCGGGUCGUUCCGUGGGGCCGUAGAGUGCAGCACGGAUGACGAGGAGGAGGAGGAGGAGGAGGAGGAGGAGGACGACGACGACGAAGCGGAAGAGGACGACGAUGAAGAUGAGGAGGUGGAGGCGAAGCAUGGGGAUGGGGAUGGGGAGAGUCGUAGUAGUGAGACGAGGACUAUUUUCUCAAAGUGGUUCAUGGUCUUAGAGCAGGACCAAGGCCUUGGGUUCAAGAAAGAAGAGCAAGAGGAAGAAUUAGUCGACGAAGAAGACGAGAAAGAAGAAGAAGAAGAAGAAGAAGAAGAAGACAACGAAGUUGCACCGUCUGCGGUGCCGCCUCCGAAUGCUCUGUUGCUGAUGAGGUGCAGGUCGGCCCCCGCGAAGGGCUUACUGAGCAGAAAACGGAGAGAAGAUAGCGAAGAAGGCGCAGAAGUAGAGAAGGAGGAUGAUGAUGAUGAUGAUGAUGAUGAUGAUGUUGAGAAGAAGGAAGAGCAGAUGAUGAAGAUGAUAAAAGAGAAGGAGAAGGAGAAGGAAAAGGAGAGGCUGGUGCUGAUGAGCUACGCACCGGACUUCUUCAAGGUCUCCAUGGACAUCGCCAAGGAGACGUGGGUCGUCGGAAGCGCCGAUCCCUUCGCCAGGAGUCGGAGCUGGAAGAGAUGAUCGACGCAGAAGAUCGAGUGCACCGAUCUCGUUCAUUUUCUCUUCUCUUCUUUCCGCUUCCAAGUUACUUAUUAUACUAGAUAUGGCUGCUGUUCCAUACCUAGAUUUGGAUUUUAGAUAAAGUGAUCAGAGAAAGAUGCUGGAUCUUAAAAAGGAGUGAGUUUAGCGACUUGAAGAUAUCGAUCGAUGCCGAGGAUCACGGCAAGUACCAGCGAAGUCAGAUAUAACAACACCUGAUCUCGACGCCUCCGGUCACUAAAUCUUCGCUUUACAGCAUCAGCAUCAGUCUUUUUAUAUUAUUAUGCUAUCGAAUCUGAUUUUGUGUGUCAAACGUAUGUUUUUAUGGUCUUUUUCUUUUAUUAGUGGUGGUGAAUACUUGGCCGUGCGUUUGCUAGCUGGUGUUUAAUUUGUUGUGUUUUUUGUACUUUUUUUUCUUUUUCGCUUUCUUUUUCUUUAGAAAAUUUGAGCUUAUACCAAAAUAAUGUGGAGUGAAUUUGCAUGUAAAUAUUGUACAUCUUUCAACAAUUUACUCUCUUGCCCUCCUCUUUCUUUUUC